ACCGGCUCACAGGUGAUAAACACUUUCCUUUGAGCUCAGUUGAUGUCUCACACCUGAUAGAGAAGGCAGACGCUCAUUCCCAAAGCCUGAAGAUGGAAAGAAUUUGUGAGGCAUACUUUGAUGCCACAGGAGGUGCAGGGACUGAGGAUGUGACUCCUGAUAUUUUGGCCAAAAUGGGUUUCAUCACAGUGGAUGACAUACUAGCAGCUAUUUAUCAGGAAAUUAUGUCUGGAGCAGUUUGGAUUCUGUGGGCAAUUUUGAAAGCAAUCAUGAUCUCAAUCUGGGCGUCAAUUGGUGCAAGAUGGUGGGGCGCAGCUGGAGGAGCAGCCUUUGUGUUGGCGACUCCUGCUAUUAUAGCUGGCUUAGGUUUUACCGCAGGUGGAAUAGUAGCCGGCUCCAUUGCUGCCAAACUAAUGGCGAUGGCUGCAGUUGCUAAUGGAGGAGGCGUUGUAGCAGGAAGUCUGGUGGCAAUCUUGCAGUCAAUUGGGGCUACAAUUGGAGCUGUGACUGGAGCUGCGACAGCGGCUGCGACAGCGGCUGGAGCUGCGGCUGGAGCUGCGGCUGGAGCUGCGGCUGGAGCUGCGACUGGAGCUGCAACAGCGACUGGAGCUGCGGCUGGAGCUGCGGCUGGAGCUGCGACUGGAGUUGCGACUGGAGUUGCGACUGGAGUUGCGACAGCGACUGGAGCUGCGGCUGGAGUAGCUGCGGCUGGAGCUGGAGAAACUGCUGCAUGGAUGCUGUCAACCAUUUGUCACCAGAUCUAAUAAAGAUUUACAGCAUGGAUAUGGGACACAUUUAAUCUUCACCUAAUGGAGACAAAUACUCAUUUUGUGUAUCUGUACUGUGAUGAAUGUCAAAUACCAACAUUAAACUGUGUUUGCCAUGGCUUAAAUCUUUGAGCAUCAAUCCAGAAGCAAUUAUAUUUUUAUGAUGACAUUAAAAGUCUAACAUAUCCAAUUUUCAUCUUGUAAUUUAUUAUUUGUAUAAGUCAAAAGUGUGUUUUAUAAUGUGGAAGAUGAUGCCUACAUAGUGUUAUUUGCAGGAUGUGAAUUAGCUCUAAUUAAUCUUUGUUUUUACACUAUAACUGAAUCUGAAGGCAUUAACAGGAUGCUUCUGUGCUCUGUGAAUACUUUUAUCUUAUUAUGCGGCCAAUUCUAAACCCAAAUAAAAUGCAU